CGCGGCGGUGGCGGACAUGAAGCGCUUCAUGGCGGAGUUCGGCGCGGACCUGGCGGCCGUGGCGCAGGCCUUCCUGAAGAACAGCGGGGAAGCGGCGGCCGCGGCGGAGUGUCUGCGGACCGGGCAGCGCUCGGACGGCUGUCCUCUUUGGAGCAGGCAGGACGACGCGGACUUGCUGGAGGGCCGGGAGGAAGCCAGAAAUAACUUGGAGACCAAAUACGGAGUAGAAAACGUAAGGAAGCGAGUGGGGUUCAGGACAAGUUAAUCCGUGUCAGGAGUGAAAAUAACCUAAGCUGCUGCGGUGGAGACAGUUCUCCUUUUUGUUCUUUUCGUAAUCUUUAUUUGUGUAGCAAACUACAGUACUUACUCUUAAUCAUGGUUGCUCUUCUGAAUAGUUGGCAAUAAAGUUUUACAGAUCAGU